AAGAAUGCCAAAAAGCGGCUGCCGAGAAGCAGAUUACCACGCACGCCGAGAAACUCGCCAGAGCGCAGAAGGAGAAGGAAGAAGCUGCAGCUACCAAGGCAAAACUUGAAGCAAACGCCACAUUACUCGGUCAGAACUUGGCCGCUCAAGCGGAAGCUCUAGAAGUUCAGUUAGACGCAGGAUCGGAGACAACACGAGAGAAACGUCCGCUGGAAGCGAAGCCAGAGCGUGUGGAGGUCGAAAUAGAAGACGAGUAG